AUGUCGUCAGGCUUCCAACCCAUCAACGCUACCUCCUCAGACAUCGGGAUGCCCGACACCGCUGAGCGCGCCGACGUGUGCUCGAUUAAUUUUCUUAUGAAUGACGUGUGCUGCAUGUCGCGCUGUUCGAGACCUUCUGCUGAAGGCUUCCCGACGUGCGAGCAACACAUGGAAGCUGAAGCAACGAAGUGGGAGCAGCUCACUGCCGAGCCCUCGAUCCCGGAGGAGGCGUCUGGUAACGCCACCGAAAUGGAUACUGAAGAAGCCAUUGUCACCCAUUGCACAGCUCCGGCCAGUACUGAUCUCGCCCAACAGGAUUUGGGCAGCGAUAAAUGCUUAUACCACAUGCACCUGGAAGAUCCACGAAGGCCCCGUCACAACAAACUCAGCAAGGCAGCCGAGGACCGACUGAGACAAGCGAAGGGUGAGAAGCCCAAAAAGCGGUGUAAUCGCACUCCUCGAUUCUGCACCACGAAGGAUUGUCCCCUACCUCCUGCUACCGGAGGCAGGCGCUGCGAGCGUCACAAUGCAGAGGCCACUGUGCGAAACAAGGCUCUCGUCAAAUUAAUGGAAGGAGAAAGGAUUGUGCUACUACUGCGGAAAGCGUCCGGCCGAAGGCGGCGUCGGGUGUUGUAG